UGCAAUUUUGUACUCAACACCACCAAAGCAGAUCGGCUUCGGCGGUGUCAGUCUAGAGCUAUGGCUGGGCUGAUUCCUCGUGGCUGUUUCAACAAUAUCCUGUGAGUGGCACUUCAAUUGGCAGCCAAAAAGAUCCCUAGAAACUCACUCAACUCUUCCACAUGCUGCCUGUCCAUCCACCCCACCGGCGGCGGGCACCACUGGUCCGUCCUGUCCGUAUUCCGCAGUAGCCUCUUUCUUCCUCCUCUCCCCCGAUCUGGCAGUUUUAGGCCCCUCCUCCGUCUAGCCCCGGACUAUUAAUACGAAUUGCAGGACCCGGUCGACUUCUUUCCUUUCUGCGCUGCCCAGUCACCAUUGUUACUCUUCUAGCCGACUGCUCACUCGUCCCUCCCCGCCCCCUCCAAUCUCAACCGUCCUUUUCGCGUCUUCGCAUCGCGGGAACUCCACCAUGGCCAGCGUCAGCGUCAUCGAGGCCGCAAAGCGCGCCGCCGGCAAAGCGGCCGUGGAAAACCACUACCCCAAGGACGCCAGAUUCGUCGGCAUCGGCAGCGGAUCCACCAUCGUCUACGUCGUCGAGGCCAUCAAGGAGUCCGGCAUCGACACCUCCGCGACCAAAUACGUGCCCACGGGCUUCCAGUCCAAGCAGCUGAUCCUGUCCGCCGGGCUGACGGCCGUCGACUUCGACUCCCUCCCGGAAGGCACGGUGCUGGACGUGGCCUUUGACGGCGCCGACGAGGUGGACGACGAUCUCAACCUGAUCAAGGGCGGUGGUGCCUGUCUCUUCCAGGAGAAGAUCGUGGCGCUGCAGGCCAAGGAGUUCAUCUGCGUUGCUGACUCCCGGAAACUCCAAUCGCGCCUUCUUUCCAAUUGGAAGUACAUCCCCAUCGAAGUCGCGCCGAUCGCCGCCGCCCGCGUGCUGACGGCCCUCCGCGAGAUCGGCAGUAUCCAGCCUGCGCUGCGGCUGAACACCGAUCCCAAGCAAGGCCCCCUGAAGACUGACCAGGCUUUCUACAUCAUCGACGCCCCCUUCCCGAUCCUGCUGACGUCGUCCGACGUCGCGGCCGGAAAGGACGGCAGCGGGAAGGACGGCAUCUGGGAGGUCGAGGCCCUGUCGCGAGCGAUCAAGCAGAUCCCCGGUGUCCUGGACGUCGGCAUCUUCUCUGGCUUGACGGGCCCGCAAGCCCGGGCCCUGGGCGGCGUUGGCGGGCAGAAGCCCAUUGCCGCCUACUUCGGUAUGCCGGACGGUUCGGUCUCCGUCAGGAAGGCGGCCGCGUGAAUGUGACUCUCUGUAAAUCUCCAUGUAUGACGUGUUUCUCCAUUGAUUCGAAGAAGAUAUAAAAAUGAUACCAUUUGAACAUUUA